AUGCCUCAUUCAGAUAAAGUUGAUAUGUUGUUUAUUUAUUGGGAGUGUCAAAAAAAUUCACGUCUUGCGGCACAAACAUAUGCACAACGUUACCCAGAUAGAGAACAUCCUGUCCAUAGUUUUUUUUAUAACUUAGAAAGGAAUCUAAGAACCUAUGGAUCAUUUUCUAAAAGGGUAAAUAAUUUACAACAAAGACGAGGUGAUGCUUUAGGUGAAGAGGUCGAGGAAAACCUAUUAGCCUAUGUUCGAGCAAAUCCCAGAAGUUCAACACGGCACGUUGGUAGAGAGCUUGGAAUAUCUGAUACCAUAGUUUGUAAGGACGGUGCUUCAGCUCACAAUGCUCACAUAGUUCGCGACUAUUUAAAUGCACAAUUUCAAAAUCGAUGGCUAGGAACUUACGGACCCAUUGAGUGGCCACCACGAUCAUCUGACCUUACGCCACUAGAUUUUUUUUUAUGGGGACACUUGAAAACAAUAGUGUAUGCUGAUCCUCCUAUAAAUCUUCAAAAUUUAAAAGAUAAGAUAACAGAAACAUGCAAUCGACUGACUGAUGAACAAAUUACUGCUGCAACAAAUAAAGAAUUUAUGCGGCGCGCUGAAGCAUGUUUUGUUCACGGCGGAGAACAGUUUGAACAAUUUAUUCGUUAG